AUGGGCGCGGCAGCGGCCGUGGAGCUGGAGGGGCCAGCGUCCGAGGGGCGGCUGUUCACAGACGAGUGUGAAUCGACAGAGAGGGGCGGGUUGCGAAAUUAUGUGGACAACCUCGAGGUGGACAACUCCAAUCCGCAGUACCACGACAUGGAUGGCGCGAGGUUCAAGCGCGUGAACGCGCGGGACGGAUCGGUGCGCUACGACUCUCUUCAGGGGUUUGUCUCCGCGAGGGUGACCGGGUACGUCUUCACGCACAUGGCGCUGAUGAACUGGGAACUGCUGGUGGGGACCGUGGACGUUGAAUCUGGGUUUUCGCCGGCAAGGGUGCUCAACAGCAGCAACUUGAACGAGCACGUGGUGGCAUCCAGCAUGGAGGAGGGGGAGACGGUGGGCUGGGUGAAGUUCCGGGUGGCACUGGAGGGGCUGGUGGUGGACUGUCCGCGCAGCGUGCAGGUGGAGAUGCGGGGCAGCGCCACCGCGGACACCAACGCUGGGUGGGGCCUGCAGCUUGGGGCGGUCGAGCUGGAGGAGAGCGCGACCCCGAUGUGCGGGAUCCCUUCGUGUGUGCCCGGUCAGGAGAUUUUGGACAAGUGCGGGGAACCGCGAGCGAGCGAGGGCCUCACGGGGCUGCUGGAUGACACCGAUUCGAUCGACGCGAAUGUUUACGAGGCGACGGCCAACGUCGUGGUGGACCGGUCCAACGCGUCGGCCUUCUUCGCCGGGGAUGCAGCGCGGUUCAAGCGGGCGGACGGCGCCCCCGGCGGGGUCACGUAUUUCGUGCCCGAGGGCGUGCUGUCCAUGUCGCUCACGGUGUUCGCCUGCGGCGGCGUGGGCCGCCUCACGGUGACGCCCUACUCGGACCCCGAUUGCAGGCCCCUCUCGGUGCGGCCAAUCCUGGACGACUCCGGCUUCGAGAUGGAGGGCGGGCAGGGCUGGGAGUUGCAGCUCUCGGAGGUGCGGCUCACCGGCUACGGGGUCGCCCAGAACGCCGCGGGCCUGACUGCCCUCGCGCAGCGCCCGCAGAAGGGCAGGAGCGUCGUGGAGCGGUUCUUCCCCGUGCUGGUGCUGGCCGCAUGCCUGAGCGGGAUAGUCGCCAUCACGCUCGCGCUGAAGGUUACGCGGCUGUGCCGCGGCGCAAACGGCUCCCCGCCCCAGCUGGUGCGCUGGAUCGCCAACAACGAGUUCGGCCGCGGCGACGGCACGGGGGGAAAGCCCGACAAGGCCGCAUUCGACCGGAUCUCCACUUUCACCAGCCUCACGCCGAGGGGCACCAGCCUGGGAAUGCAGGGCUACUCCUCGCCUGCCAAGAGCAACAGCCUGAGCCCGCGGGGAACCGCCCUGGGUAUGCAGGCAUACCCCUCCCCUCGCACCGGUGCGGCGAUCGGCCCUCGCGGGGUACAAAUGCACGGAUACUCCUCCCCUCAUACCAAACCGACGAUUAGUCCGAGGGGGUCGCAGAUGCAUGGAUACUCUUCGCCUGGAACCCAGCCCACGGUCAGUCCAAAGGGCGCGCAGAAGCAAGGAUAUGCCGCACCCAUGAAGCCGAUCUCCGAAGCCGCCAGCCUGCGCAGCAUUAGCUUCUCCAGCGAGGUGAAGGCCAAGGUGGAGCCCCCGCGGCGCCAGGGGCACAGGCGCGGCUCCUCCUUCUUCGAGCAGCGCAUGCGCGACAUCCAGAAGACCUUCGCGCCUGCUAAGAAGCCCGCAAUGGCGAAUCGAGAGGGCGAGCUGGUGCGGGAGAAGAUGGUGGGGCAGGGGGGUUUCGGCAGCGUGUGGAAGGCCACAUGGGAGGGGGCGCCCGUGGCUUUGAAAAUUGUCGCCUUGCCUGCGUCGCUGAGCGCCGAGGCCAGGAAGGCGCGAAUGGCUGUCACGGAGGCAGCCGUCUCGGGCUGCCUGGCGCACCCGAAUGUUGUUCAGACUUUCACUUGUGACGUGCGGGCCACACCGGGGGAAGAGGGGGGCGAGGGGGACGCCGCUGCCAAGGGCAGCAGGCCGUGGACACCGUGGGGGGAGUUCGCGGGACAGAAACGCCGGGGGGUGACAAAUUUCAUUGCGGGGGGGUCGCCGAGGCGGCUGGAGAUACGGCUGGUGAUGGAGUACUGCGACGGGGGUUCGCUCAGGGACGCACUGAGAGAACGCAGGUUCUUGGACAAGGCGGGCCGACCGGUGUUUGAGCAUGUGCUUCUGACGGCCCUGGACAUUGCCCGAGGCAUGCGGUGCCUGCAUCACAGCAGAAUAAUUCACGGGGACUUGAAGCCCGGCAACGUGCUCUUGAAAUUGGCGAGCGGGGACGGUCGCAACCUCAUAGCCAAAGUUGCGGAUUUUGGAGCGAGCGUUCCGAUGGGCCAAUCGCAGUCAUGCACUGUUGGAGGGAAACGGGGUACAGAAGGGUACAUUGCCCCUGAGGUGGCCUCCAAUCAAGUGAUGUUCCCGGCAUCUGACGUGUACGCGUUCGGAAUGCUCUUGUGGGAAUUGUACACGUCUCGAAACAUUCGAGAAGCGAUGAAGGAGGAAGCAUUGCAGACUGAUCUCAAAGUGGUGCGCUGGAGGCCCAGGUUCCCUGCGGACUGCCCGCGGUCAUAUGUCAGGCUGGCAGGGGCGUGCUGGAACGAGUACCCGGACUGGCGGCCAAGCUUUGAGGCAAUCGUGCCAAGGCUU